AUGCGAGGAGAAGCAGGAGUAGCAGAAAGUAUGGAAGAACUAAGUUCAGAUAGCGUUGAAACAGUAAACUCGUGGGAGGAGGCAGUGAUUUGGUCGCUGCAAGGGCUAGAGAUGAAGUUCAAGCGUCCUCGUUCCCGGACAGGAUGGGAAGGGGAGUCGGAAGCAGUAGAGGACCUUGUCUGGUGGGGCUCGGUCUGCGGAAGAGUCAGCAUGAUAUAUGAUGGAUCGUUGGACGACCAACUUGAAGGCAACGCCCUCCGUUUCUGCACAGAAUCUUCCGAGCACGCCCUGCAGGCUUUGGAGACGAUCCGGAGGGAGCUGGAGAGGGAGCAGGCAAUGCACAAGUUGGGGAUGCUGGAUGUACCUGCAUGCCAGCAGCAGAUUGUCUCAUACCUGCCGGUCUGCACAUGGAUCGGGUUGAGCUUCAUCAGGUCCGGGCAGUACGAGCGAGCGAUGGAGGCGAUGGAAGUCGGCAUUCAGAUGCUCAAGCUGUGCGAUGCCGGAUGCGUGCGGCCCUGCCUUGAAGCUGGCAUCCGAUGCCACAGGGCUUUCUGCCUCCUCCGCCUGAGUGGUGUGAGGGAGAGCCUGGAGGAGAUCAGGAGAGCCAAGGAGUGCAUGAAGGAGUACCACGGAGAGGAGUGUGUGAAGACUUGUGUCAUGCAUCGCGUCUGCUGGAACUUCGCCCCACAAGUCGCACUCUGCGAGUCCCUUCUCCUGCAUCUCCUGCGCAAGGACAAAGAAGCUGUCGAUGCUGCGGAGAGAGCGGUGACGACGCUCCGAGCACAUGCCCAGCGCAUAAGGGAGCAGCAGCAGCAGCAACAGCAGCAGCUGGAGAACGAGGAGCAGGAGGACUGUGAAGGCAGCGGCUGCUUCGUCAGGAGGUUCCUUGGACUUGACUCUCCCAGCAGACACUCGCAGCUGCUCAAGGAGGGGAGAAGAUCUCAGGAUGCUAUCAACAAACUGCAGUCUGCCUCCGAUCAACUCUUUGAAAGACACAUCAGAGAUGCCGUCAAACUCAGCGGAGCCAACGCGUUGAGAUUCACUCAAAACUGGUACAUCGGGCCGACAAGCAGCGGAGACAAGAAAGUGUUCAAUGUCAGUUCACAUCUCUUGAUGGCAGCGGCAGAGGUUGUCAGAGUCGAGACUGAAGAUGAGCAAGUUGAUCCAGAUGCUGGGGAGGAGGUCAUUUUCUCAAGUCCAUCAUCGUCUCCACAACCAGAGGUCGGCCAAACGCGCCAGGAGCAGCACAGAAGGUCUCGCCCGGAGUCUGCGUCUCCCAUGUCACAGAGGAGGAGGCCCUUCACUCGAGCUACUCAUGCGCUCUCGGGCGUCGUCACAUCGGACGAGCAGCUGGCAAUGAGGUAA